AUGUCCACUUUUUCAACUAUCCGUCGUCUGCGGGGUAUCUUCACCGGAGACAGCCAUAAAGCAGCUACCAAAACCAUAGAUCUCAAAAUAACCAAACCCACCAAUAUUACCUCUUCAAAUCACACGGUCCAAGAUAUUGUAAAUUUGAUGAAAGAAUCAUCAAAGUGUCCUAAGUUCCGACGUGAAGGACGUGGCUAUUAUGAACUCGCCAUUCACCGCCUUGCUAGAGCCAAACACUUCUCAGGCAUCGAAGAAAUUAUCGAGCAUCAAAAACACUACCCAGAUAUUCGCCACGAGCCUUUUGUCCGUCUCCUUAUCCUUCUUUAUGGUAAAGCGAGAAUGUUUGAUCAUGCACGUAAACUGUUCGACGAAAUGCCUCAACUAAAUUGUCAGCGGAGUGUCUUUACCUUCAAUGCCCUUUUGGAAUCAUGCAUUAGAUCAGAAAGAUAUGAUGAAAUUGGGGAGUUGUUUCGUGAAUUGCCUGCAAAAUUGGAAAUUGAGCCUAAUGUAGUGUCGUAUAACCUUGCGAUUAAGGCAUUGUGUAAGGCUGGUUCUUUAGAUUCUGCCUUACUUUUGAUGGAUGUGAUAGAAAAGCAUGGGAUUAAGCCGAAUAUUGUGACUUGUAAUACCUUGUUAAACGCACUUUAUGGAAGUCAAAGAUUUGCUGAAGCUGAAAAUUUGUGGAUUGUGAUGGAAAACAGAAAUAUUGUUCCCGAUCUUUGCAGUUAUAAUAUUAGAUUACGAGGUUUGAUUAAAGUUCAUGAGGUUUCAAAGGCGAUUCAGUUCUUUGAGGAGAUCAUUAAUAAGGGUUUCAAACCGGACAAAUUCAGUUACAAUACUAUGAUAACAAUGUGUGUUGAUGAGGGAAAUUUGGAGGAGGCUAAAAUGUGGUAUCAGAAGAUGGUGCAAAAUGGUUGCCUUCCGGUUGAUGCAACGUUCCAUAUGCUUAUUCCUUUGGCUUGUGAUGCGAAAAAAUUUGAAUUUGCACUGCACUUGUGCAAGAAAGCUAUCGAGUCACAAGUACUUGUUUAUAGAGAAAUAAUGCAGAGGGUUAUUGAUGGCUUGUUUGAGCAUUCUGAAAUUGAAAAUGCAAAGGAGCUGGUUAAGUUGGCCAAAUCUUGUAACUUCCAUUAUGAGCUUUGGUUGCCUCUGCAUAGCUAG